AAGAAACAAACAAGUCAUAACUUGCAAAUUCACUCACCAGAUUAUAAAUAGCAACACUCUUGCAUAUAUCUCCAACUCUCAAUUUAGCAUUCCAUUUCUUCUUCAACAGAAUGGGCUGUCUAUCAUGGCUUCCUCACUUUCUAUGCUUCCUUUUGUUUCACAUUCAUUUUCAAGCUUCUUCUGCAGCAAUGUUGUGCCAGCAUGACCAGAGUCUUGCUUUGCUUCAAUUGAAGAUAUCCUUAUCCAUGAUAACUGUAUCCUCCACCAGCAUAUCUCUUUAUCCCAAGACAGAUUCCUGGAAAGAAGGCACGGAUUGCUGCAGAUGGGAUGGUGUCGUUUGUGAUAACAAAACUGGUAAUGUAAUUGGCCUUGAUCUUUCUUACAAUGAUUUUAACAACUCUCAAAGUCAAAUUCCAUCUCAGUUGGACCUCUCUUUCAAUAAUUUCAGUGAUCAAGCUUCAUCUUCAAUUGAAAAUCUUCAUGAACUCUCUUCAUUGUACCUCUCUAAUAAUAAUUUUAAUGGUGAAGUUCCAUCUUUACUUGGAAAUCUUAAGAAACUCACUAUGUUAGACCUCUCUCAUAACAAUUUUAGUGGCCAGCUUUCGUCUUCAUUUGAAAAUCUUCAAGAGCUCUCUUCAUUAUACCUUUCUACCAAUAAUUUCAAUGGCCAAGUUCCAUCUUUACUUGGAAAUCUUAAGAAACUCACAGUGUUAGACCUCUCUCAUAACAAUUUCAACGGUCAAAUUCCAUUUUCAUUUGAAAAUCUUCAAGAGCUAUCUUCGUUAUAUCUUUCUACUAAUAAUUUCAGUGGUCAAGUUCCAUCUUUACUUGGAAAUCUUAAUAAACUCACAGUGUUAGACCUCUCUAGUAACAAUUUCAACGGUCAAAUUCCAUCUUCAUUCGAAAAUCUUCAAAGGUUAUCUUCAUUAUAUCUUUCUACUAACAAUUUCAGUGGUCAAAUUUCAUCUUCACUUGAAAAUCUUACAGAACUCUCCAUAUUAGAUCUCUCUCAUAAUAAUUUCAAUGCUCUAAAUCCAUCUUCUUUUGAAAAUCUUAAGAAAGUCACUUCAUUGUACCUGAGUUAUAAUAAUUUUAGUGGUCAAAUUCCGUCAUCACUUGGAAGCCUUACACAACUCCAUAUGUUGGAUCUCUCUUACAACAAUUUCACUGGUCAAAUUCCAUCUUUUCUUGGAAAUCUUACAAAUCUCACUGCCUUAUACCUCAAUUAUAACAAUUUCAUUGGUCAAAUUCCAUUAUCACUUGGAAGCUUAUGGCAACUCUCAUUAUUUGACAUCUCCUUCAACAAUCUCAAUGGCCAGAUUCCUUCCUCGCUUGAAAAUCUUACACAACUUUAUUAUUUGAGAAUGGGAAACAACAAUCUCAGUGGUCAGAUUCCAAGUUCAUUUUUCGAAGAUAAUCAAUUGAAUUACAUUGAUUUGAGAAAUAACAAGUUUCAAGGACCAAUUCCAAAUUCAAUUUUCAAAAGUGUAAACUUAACGGCUCUUCUCUUUUCAUCCAACAAAUUGAUAGGAGAAGUCCCUUCUUCAAUUUGCAAGCUAAAGGCCCUCCAAAUUAUUGACUUGUCAAACAAUAGUUUGAAUGGCUCCAUUCCCCAAUGUUUGGGGAAUUUCACCACCAGCCUUUCAGUUUUGCAUUUGGGUAUGAACAAUUUCCAUGGAACAAUUCCUGAAGCAUUUUCAGUAGGCAGCAGCUUGAGAUAUUUGAACUUCAAUGGCAAUCAAUUGCAAGGGACAAUCCCAUCAUCCAUCUGUAAUUGUAAAGGUUUGCAAUUUUUGGAUCUUGGCAACAAUGUCCUAAAUGACACGUUCCCCGAUUUUCUUGGAACUCUUCCAGGGUUGCAAGUUCUAGUGCUGCAAUCUAAUAAGCUGCAUGGUUUGGUGAAUGAUUCCUCCGCCAAUUAUUCAUUCUCAAUGCUACGAAUAUUUGAUCUUUCUAAGAACAUGUUUACAGGACCUUUGCCUUCAGAGUAUUUCAAUGAUUUCAAAGCAAUGAUGAACUUUGAUGUGAAAAUGAAAUACAUGGGAGAGCCAAAUAAUGCUUAUGACUAUUCUGUGACUCUGACACUCAAAGGAUUAGUGAUUGAGUUGGUGAAAAUCCAAACACUUCUGACAACCAUUGAUUUGUCGAGCAAUAAAUUCUCAGGGAUGAUUCCACAAUCACUUGGAGAGCUUAAAUCACUUAAGCUACUCAACUUAUCACACAAUAAACUCACAGGCAAUAUUCAAACAUCAUUGGGGGAGUUGUCCAAUUUGGAAUCACUAGACCUCUCUUGGAAUCUUCUCGUUGGAAGGAUUCCUAUGGAAUUGGCAGAUUUAACAUUUCUGCAAGUGUUUCGAGUUUCAUAUAAUCGACUUCAAGGAUCCAUACCUGGAGGAAAGCAGUUCAACACAUUUGAUGGCAGUUCAUAUGAAGGAAAUUUGGGAUUGUGUGGAUUUCCACUGGAAAAUUGUGACAAUGGGGAGAGGCAACAGCCAACAGCAUCACCUCAAGAAGAUGAUUCAGAAUCCAUGUUUGGAUUUGGAUGGAAACAAGUAUUGAUAGGGUAUGGAUGUGGAGUCAUAUUUGGUAUUGCAAUGGGAUAUAUUGUGUUUAAAACAAGGAAGCCUGCAUGGUUUGUGAAGAUGGUUGAAGGAUAUCAAAAGCCAAGAAGGUUCAAAAAAUAAGAUUGUUCAUACAAGUCCAGGUAAUAUUUCCUGAUAUUUAUCAUAUUAGCUAUGUGUUGUCUAGAUGUUUCUAAUUUUUAAAAUUACUAAUUGAAUAAAUAAUAAAAAUAUAAUAUUUACAGUU